AUGGAGGACGGUCAACCCUCCAAGAGACGGCGACGCAGUCGCAAGGUCCUCUCCGAUCGCAAGUUCGAAUGCACCUUUGAAGGCUGUGGGAAGAGUUACUCGCGCGCCGAGCAUCUUAGCCGUCAUGCGCUCAACCAUACCCCGAAACAGAUUUAUCGUUGCGACUUUCCGAACUGCUAUCGAUCCUUCGUGCGCCAGGACCUUUGCGCUCGUCACCGCGAGAGACACUCGACCAGUGGCUCCCAACUCCAGAAACGCGACCAGUUCGAAAAUGACUCCAAAACCUCCCCUUCCUCGUCGCCCGCGAUCACCUUGCCGGAAUACUUCGUGAGCUCCGAGGAGCCUAAGCCAGUCUCGAGCUAUCCUCUGACCACCGGCGUGGAGAGCGAGAUAGUACCGCAGUACUCCGAUUUCCCCGCCGUACUCGACCAGCCUGAUAAUUUAAUCGAUCUCGAUUCCAUGUCAUACCCGAUCUUCGGUGGGGAGACCUACAACCGAUCACCGUUUGCUAUGGCCGAUGAUUUCGCAGCUUGGCUGUUCAGUGAGCCUCUCGCGCCUCUGGGGUAUGGAAUGGUUCCGCUGGUGCAGAACCAGUUCUACAUGAAUGAGCCUCCGUAUAGUAAUGACAACUUCUGUGCUGUCACCCCACAGCAUCCAAUGAGUGUGACGAGUAUUUUGGACCCGGGAACACCUCCAGCCCUUAUCUCUGAGGAAAAGCGCCAAGAGCUACUCGUACUAAUGUCGAGCCGCUUCAACGAGGCUGCAUAUGCAGCAGGCGCAAAAAGAAAAGAUGCCCUCAUGGAUGGAGAUUUGACUAAUGACCGACACGUUCUGAGCCUGCGGAUGAUGCAGACAUACAUUGGUUCUUAUUGGUACCACUUUCAUGCACAGCUGCCGAUCUUACACCAGCCUACUUUCGUUGCCGAUCGUACCCCCAAUCUGCUAUUACUGGCCAUAAUUGCCAUUGGCGCCGUCACCUUGGACAAAAUCCAUGGACAGGCAGCCACAGAGGCCGCGGCGGAAUUGGCCAGCUUCAUUGCGUGGCAUCUGCGCUGGGAGAUCUUCAUGGAUGCUGACUUUCGACCCCCAGCCCGACUGUGGGUCUUUCAGUCUCUGCUGCUCUUGGAGGUAUACGAGAAGCUGUUCUCUACGCGUGCCCUGCACGAGCGUGCACACAUCCAUCAUGAUACAACGUUAACCCUCAUGCGUCGAGGCAGUUCUCUGAUCGGCAGCUCGUCAUUCGACACUCCCGAAACCAAGGAAGAGGACGAGUCAUGGUCAACGUGGAUCAAAGCAGAGGCUACUCGCCGAGUAGCAUUUGCCGCAUUCGUGUUAGACUCUACGCACGCUACGAUGUUCGGCCACUCCGCCAAAAUGGUCGCCCAUGAAUUACGCCUUCCUCUUCCCUGUGACGAGGCUCUAUGGGCAGCCACCAGUGCGGCCGAAGUAGCCCGUGUCCAGUCCAGCUUACAGUCUCACGGCGUUCGACCAACCAUGUUCUUAGACGGUCUCAAACGCACCUUGAACGGGCAACCUGUCCGAACAAACGACUUUGGUCGAAUCAUCCUCAUGUCUGGUCUCCUCAGCGUAUGUUGGCAUUUGAACCAAAGAGAUCUGCAAAUCAGUUCCCUCGGUGUAGGCCAGACUCUCGGGGGAAGAGACAAAUGGCGCACCUCCCUCCUCCGCGCAUUCGACAACUGGCGUCGUGAUUUUGACGAAGCCCUCGGGCCAUCAACCUCCGAGUCCCGCAAUGUUCUCCAUGGAUUAGCACACAUGGCCUCUCAUGUCGACAUAGUCGAUCUUCAGAUCUUCGCUGGUGCCGGUCGACUGAUGGGUCGUUCUAUCACGGCCCGCGACCACCGCGCUGCCCGCGAAAAGACUGAACGCUGGGCCACUAAAGCCUCCGCCCGUGAUGCCACGUUCUAUGCCCUGAAAUUCCUCUCUGUCUGUUUCCUAGAUCCCACAACACAUCCCGGCGAGUACGCCGCUCGCGAUGAUUACCUCCUCAAUAGACCCUGGGUCAUGUAUUUUGCUGCCUUGGUAGUUUGGACUUAUGGGUUUGCGUUGGAUGGGCCACUUCGGCCACCACCCGUUCUGGCGACUGUUGCCGACCGCGAACACGACAUGCAGACCUUCCUCCACCGCGUCGGCGAGAUUCAAGAGCCGAAUGAAUUGGAGGCCAUGACGGGUCGCAAUGGGUGUCUUGGUUUGCUGAUGAUCUUGCGAGACUCAUUUGCCAAACCCCGCUGGGAGCUGCUGGGCGAGGCUGCACGGCUGCUGGACAGCUGUAUCACGAAGUUACAGUCAUGA